AAAGUAAUCGCAUAUCUAUCAAAACAAUUCUUGAUGGAUACACACAACAGUAUUAAAUAAGAAGUGAGUGUAGUAAGUCAUUUCGUUUCGCGGAGUGUUUUAUUUUUUUUUUAGUGAAUAAGAACCAAAAAUAUAAUGGAUACAGACCUUGCGAAUAUGGACAAACAAAUAACAGAAAAGCUAGAGGCUUUGAUGAAGUAUAUACCAUUUAUAGAUUAUAUCCUUGAAAUAGACAGAGGCAAAUAUGUAAAAUUCGUUGACAUUAAACGAUGGAUUGUUAACAAAAAGAGAUAUCCACUUAAUGAUUUAAAGAAAAUCGAACAAUCUAUCAUAACACAGUACAAAAAUCUGCUUGUUAUGGAUGAUAGGAAAGUUCCUGCCGAAAUAAUGAACAUUUUUAGUAAAGAAUUUAAAGCUGAAUUCGUUAAUCUUUGUUCAGACGAUGAGGAUGAAGGGGAGGAGGCUAAGGAUAAGAAACAACAAACAUGUACAGUUUCGAAAAGACAAGAAAAACCAAACACCUCAAGGACAACAGAUAAAGAAACUGUUGUAAAACCAAACACCUCAAGGAAAACAGAUAAAGAAACAGCCAAAAAACAAAAUACCACAAAGAAAUCAGAUAAAGAAUCAGCUAAAAGUCCUUCAGAAGCUUCGAAAACAAAGGAAAUCAGCCUUGAAAGUGAUGAUGAUUUGGAAAUAAUAUCUGUUUCAUAUCCAACUUCAACGGCCGACAAGGCCAAACAGCCAAAGAAUGAUGUCAAAGGAAAGACAAAAGAAGAAGCAGAAUCAUCCAAAGCCAAAAAUCUAGAUGAUGUUACAAAGAGUCUAUUGGAUGAAAUAGACAAUAUCUGUGAUGAAGAUAAUUUCGUUAAAAAUGUCGAAAAGUCACCAACAAUUUGUAAGAAAAAAAUGAGCAAUGAAGACACUAGAGUCUCCUCGAAAACAAGUCCUGCUAAUAAACAAAUUAAUAAAUCUGAAGCACCAAUUGUGGAUACAAUUUCUUUAGACGAUUCAAGUGAUGACGAAGAGGUUAACCCUAAUCCAAUAAAAGAAACUGUAAAGAAAGUAUCCCAGCAGCAACUAGGCGCAGAGAAGCCAAGUCCCGUGCUAGAGGAGAAACCCUUGUUUACCAGGCGUUCAAAUGUUCGAAAAUCGAUUGAAAACAAUAACCAAACUGAUGAGCGUAAUAAAACUGUUCCCAGUCCUCCAACUGCAACAAAUUCAGUUGAAGAGGAAACCAAGUCCUCAAUAGAUCCAACAAUAAUUUCAGCCAUUAAUGACAUUAGCCUAAAAAGCCUGGACAAUUCUAAUUGCGAAGAUCUUCUGACUUGUAUUAUUAAAGUCAGCGAAAGUAAAAGUACUAUUUUGGAAAAUUUACUCUUAAAGACAAUUAUAAAGCGUUUGAGGGCCAAUGAAGAACAGAAACCUAAGGAUGUAGGAGCUGCUCCAGCCCUAUCUGCCAACAUUGAUAAUUCCCAUCCAAAUAAUGAAAAUGCUAAUGCAAAUCCUACUAGCGUUUUGCCGACGAAUAGCAAUUUACCAUUGCAUUCAACAGGAGGACAACAAUACUAUCAACCUCACUUCAAUCCUCCAGCAGCAGCAACGCCAUAUCCACAAUAUAAUCAAGUUCCAUCACCUUCAAUGAUCCAUCAACCAAUACCCCAUCCAAAUUAUGAAUCAAAUGCUGGGCCGCAUGCUUAUCCAAAUUCACCACAAUAUGCCCCUGCUCCUCCUUGCCAACGACGUCUAAAUCUCAAUGAUCCAAGAAUAAAAAAUUUAAUAAAUAAAUUUAAGGCUUCACCUCUGCUGACACCACAACAAAAAAUGAUGUUAACCAAAUUUGGGCAAGUUCCAAUGCCUCAAAUUCCUAGCAAUAUUCAGGCACAACCAAUCCAAUCGAUGCCGCCCAAUGUGCCCUUAAACAAAUUUAAUGACCCGGUUUCAUCAGCAACCCCUCAAAACACACAGCCGUUACAGUAUCCAGCCCCGCAUUUAUCCCGCCCAAAUAAUACCAAAUCUUUCGAACUGCAAAAGAAUCCCAUAAAAGCAAAUACACCAAAACCCGCAAUGGCUAAGCCUGCGGGCAUGGCCACCACAAUUUCUAUGGAGGAAUAUAAACAUCGAAAAGAAAUGGAGAGAUUACAAAAGCUUCGUGAAGAUGAUGAAAAAAAGCGUCAGACCGAACAUCAACGUAAGGAAGAAGAAAAAAAGCGACAGGAAAUGGACAAACGUACAUUUGAGGAUAUCGAAAAACGUAAUAGCCUUAAAUCCACCGAGGAAAUACGUUCGAUUCUGCUGAGUACCCUACAGCCAAGUGAAAUAGAUGCUUUAAGGGAUUCCUUUAAAAAUGCUCGGAAGAACAGCUCUGAAACGGAAAGUGAAACAAAUUAUGGCAAACAAAAUUCACACAAACGUGUGGACAAGGAGAAUGCCAAGUCCUUAUUGAAUGAAAAGAAAAAUAAUAGCAAACCCAACGGCCAUAAAAAAAUUACAGACUUGGAUGUUUCUGAAAAACUAACCAAUGGCAUGGAAAGUGAUAAAAAGUCACCAACCCGAAGACCAUCCGAAGACCUAAAAGAAAAUGUAAUGGAUUGCCAUAACACCAAAGAGGAACACCAAAAAACUACUCCCACCAAGAAGUCAUCAAAUGCUAACAAAUCCAAGAAAGCAAAAUCCUCCCGGUCAUCAUCCUCAUCUGGUGGCAACAGAAAAGUUGAUAUUACCCGCGAAAUGAAUCGAGUCUACAGGGAAUUAGAAUGUACGGUUAAGGGCUUCGAUCAAAUAAUGGAUUAUAUGCCCAAAGCAAUUGGCGGCAAGCGACGUUCCAGUGUACAUGCCCGUUCAGUUAUUUCGGAACAAUUAAAUGUAGAUGAAGAAUCCACAACAGAGAUAAGUUCCUCACAAACUUCCAGUGAUAGUUUAAUAUCAUCCUUUCAACUGAGAAAACGCCGCAAAACCAUUGAUACCCAUUUUGAACAUCAAAAACGACAAUCCAGCAUGCAGGCCCACAAUGCCAUUGCCCAUCAGUUAAGUUCACAGGAAGACAAUGGUGAAGCUAGAGCAGAUAUGCUGCCAGAGCGAAGAAAAACAACUGAGGGCAAUUUUCACAACGCCAUGGAUGUGGAUGGCGAUGAUUGCGAGCAUAGAAUAGGAUACUCCAGUUCCAAUGAUGGCGAAACAAAACCAAUAAUACCCCUUAAGGUGCCCAAGAUUAUUUUGAAACGUUUAACCCAAAAAGAAAUCGAAAAAUACACCAUAGUCCAGAAGUCUACCGAAAAUAAUGGAGAUUCCGCAUUGGACACAAGUAUUCUAAAGGUUCAAUUAAUUCCAACAUCCACAAAGCAUGUGACUCCAUCGACGUCGGGCAAUAGAAAACCUCUACCACAAAUUCUAAACAAUGACUGUCAAAUGUUUGAAAAAAAUACCAGAAUUUGUGUCCUGUGCAAUAGCAAGUCACCGGAUUUGACAAAUCAUUUUGUAGGAAAACAUAAAACUGAAUCCUAUGUUGCCCGCCUAUCAUGGUCCCAGCUAGAUGAAUUGCUAUUAAAUACACCAUUCGCCACAGCAGUCAGUGGUGGUAAGCUAUCGGGCGCAUUGCCCCAGUACUCGAUUAAAUGCCAAUUUUGCGAAACACAAAUCAAGGGGAUAUUCCACAAGUUUUACGACCACUAUUCCAGCCACACUGGCGAAUUUGCAUACCAAUGUGGCCAAUGUAAGUACAGCCGUCCCUAUAGGGAAUUUAUCACGAUACAUCAGCUGAAUAAGAAGAGGUGUAGCAAUGCAAAAACCCAAAUCCUGUAUCGUUACAAAGCGGAUGCCAGAGUUAUUUACCUGUACUACUGUAACAUAUGUAAUUUUGUGCAAUUGAAUGAGGCGAAUAUCUUCAAGCAUCUAAGGGAGCAUCACGAUGCGCGACAGGCAACACAGGAUAAUGUCAAGAAAUGUAUAUUGGCAGCCAUAAGUGAUGGUCCAGACAGCAGUAAUACCAUCGAACGUCAGGAUUCAGCAGAAACAACACCCAGUGAGGGCGUAGUUCCCAAAAUUGAAACAAAACUGGAAUUAAUGGAUGAUAACAUACUCGUGUGUAAUGAGCCCUGUAUGGAUGAGGAAGAGGCGGCGACUGCGGCAGAGGAGAAUUAUGACUUGGCCACAUGUGCCCUAGAUGAACAAUUGAAACAAAUGCAUGAAGAUCUACAGACGCCUCCGACUCCGCCCAUGACCACUAUACAUUUUAAUUCUAAUCCCGUACAGGCUAUCAGUAAUCGUUUGAAACCUUUGGCAAUUAAACCAGAGCCAGAGCCCAUGAACGAUGAUGAAGAUAAUCGAUUAACACCACCACCAUCACACCCACCACGACAAUAUAUAGAUCAGAGUGGUAUUAGUCCUCCAUACAGACUUUCGUAUCGUUGCUAUCCAAUGCAUGUCAAAUAUCUGGGCCUAUUCAAGUGUCUAACCGACGAUUGUUAUUUUUCCACGGAUUGCCCGAAGGAAUUUCAACACCAUUUACAAUCUCAUACAGAUGAAAGCCUAUGCCUGCAGUGUGCCUAUUGUUCGUUCCAAGGGCAGAUAUCUUCAAUUGAAACAUUAAUUGGACAUAUUCAAAACGAUCACAGUCGUAUGCUGUUCCAAUGUUCGGAAUGCUGUUAUCGUAGCAUCGAUGGCUGUAAUGUACUGGUACAUCAAAGGGAAAAACAUUGCAGUGGACUCGAUGGAAAUGAUUCACUUAAAGUAUUUAAAUGUCACGGUGAGGAAGCGGCAUUUUGUGAAGAGACUAGCAGAGAAAAGUUGAAAAUGAAUGCUCCAAAAAUUACAUGUGAAUACUGUCGCCAAUACUCUUACUACAAUUCCAAUUUUUUGAAACAUCACAUGCUAAACGAACACAAAAUACAAAAGCAUUCGAAAUACUAUUCGUGUUUAUACUGUACGUUCAAAGCCAAUGAUGAUUUCGUGCUGCGAAAGCACUUGGCUCUAUGUCAUCCAAAUGAAUUUGCCUAUAUUCGUGAUCAUAAUAGCGCUGAAAUAUCACAAGAGGAUUCAGUGGAGCAGCUGCACUUGUUACAACUAAGCGAACCGAUUACAAGGCUAAUUGAUUACAGCAAAGCCAAUGUCAUUGAAGAUGUUAAACCAAACGCCGACGAACUAUUGAAAUGCCAAGAAGAAACCCUAAAGAUACGUCUAAGAAAACUAACAGAAAAAACUGGCAUAGCUCCGGAUUGUUUGUAUCGUUGUCCCGAACAAUCAUGUGGUGGUUUCUUUUCCAUCUACGAUCUAUGGUUAAGACACAUGAGAACCAAACACUGCUGUUUGGAGUGUGCAUGUCCACAUUGUCCCGGCGAAAAACUGUUGCCGUUAGAAGAAUUUAAAACACAUUUCGAAAAUCACCGCCGUCAUCUCUAUCUUUGUUAUCAUUGUCCCCUUACCUUUGCAAGCAAUGAGGAGGCGAUGGCCCAUGUUUCUAGCACAGGACAUGUAAAUUCAUACGGUGCAAUGCGUUCAGAGAGAAUACGUUUUAAUUUAAGUUAUUCCUAUUUUAUUUUGCUCCCAUUGGAUAAGUUAAAAGAGCGUGCAGAAUUUAUACCGAAUAUCUUGAAUUUGUUAGACGAACGUCUACGUGAACUGGAAUCUAGGGAGUCGAAGAGUUAUAAAAAUAGCUGGCUGAUACCCACGGAGGAUAGUCCAAACUGGUUGGAAGAUUUUCCCACAGAUAUUUGUCGCAAAUUGAAGAAGAAAUGUUUCAAUGGAAAGUGUGAUUUUCGUGCCAUCGAAGCGGCGGAACUGUUUCAGCAUGUUCGUGAAAAACACAAAAUCUCUGGUUCAACAUUCAGUUGUCGCCAAUGUGACUUUAGUAUUGUCAAUUGUCAACACUGGGAUGAUAUCCUGGCCCACAUUCACCAACAUUUCGAUAGCACAUUCUUUAUAUGCGGUGCCUGUUCCGCCUACUUUUACAAUCGCUCAAAAAUGGCAACCCACAUACGAGAAAAACACGAUUGUCGCGAUGUACCGCUUAUAAAUCUAAUCAAAGUCAAAAAACAAAUCUAUAUCCGUCUGGCCAUUGUGUUUGCCAGCAAAUGUCUAUCGUUUAGUACAAUGCGCAAUUGUUUCUGUUGCGAAGAGAAGGGCAUGAAGGGCGAUGCGUAUAUUUUGCAUUUGAAACGUUAUCACAAAUUCUCGCUGCAAUAUUUUUGUGAGUGGUGUAAUUUACCCAUUGAAUCACUGCAAUUGGUUAAGGAUCAUUUCAGUAAAGUCCACAGAGUCAAUACAUUGAAAAUCCGUUGUGAACUGGCUUCGAAGUAUAAUAUAAAAGUUAAAUCCGUAAGCAACUUUGAGUUAGACAUUGAUACCAGAGAAGAAGUAGUGCUGCAUUUGCAGCAGCAACCAAUGGUGCAAAUAAAACCAGAACCCGAAGAAAUAAUGGAAAAUGAUGAUAGCGUUGUAAUUUUAGAUGAUGAUGACAUUAUUGUUGAGAAUCAUGUAAAAGAUCAGGAAAAAAUGGAACAAGAAUAUAAGCCUAUGUUAAAAUGUAUAGCCAUGGACAGUUUGAGAGAGAAGACAAUGCCGCAACAUUUUUCCCACGCACAAAUGUCAACCCAAAAUUCAAAUAUAUCCUCAACUACGGCAAAUGUCAAUGGUGCCUCACAUUUAACCCAUCUUCAAAUGCCUCCAGCAAUCAACCAACCAUAUAAUAUUCCCAGCUCUUCUCAUCCGCAUUCUGUAAUACCCCAAAACUCCAAUGUCCCAAUGAGUAUGGCAUAUGGUCAGGCAAAUCCACCACUGCAUGCGGUGCAAUUGGGCUCCAGGAAUAUAUUACAUAGUGUCCCGCCCAAUUCCCAUGCAAAUAUUUCCAACAUACAAUUGAUGCCAAAUAGCAUAGCAAGAAUUGGAUCUGUAACGUCCAAUGGUGUACCACACAACAUUCGGCAACAACAUAUUGUUCGAAUGCCCGCAAAUCAGCCACCAACAACGGCAGCCGCCACACAUCCAAUACAAUAUUAUUCAAAUAACAAUUUUCCACAUCAACCCACUCAACAACAAGUUCAAUAUCCUAGAAAUAAUUUUGUCCAUGCCGCAACAACAGCGGCGAAUGCUUCAAACCAAUAUUCUAACAAUCAUAUAACCUAUCAAACCACUCAUUACAAUCCAACGUCACUCAAUUCAAAUCCGCAAUAUUCUUCUUCCACCUACACCACCUCUCCUAGCGUUACGCAAAUGUCUACUUCGACAGUAAACAAUAGUCGACCGUAUCAUAAUUAUCCACCGAACCAUUUCCAAACAAAUAACUACGUUCAAAAUACGCAUCUUGUCAAUGGACAUCCAACAAGUUUUACAGCAACACAACAACAACAAUUUAAUGCUGGCUAUCACACUUCAUUCACGUAGACCCCAAAUUCGGGAGGAAAGUUCCCCACCAUAAAAAGGUUUCCGUUUUGAAUUUGUAAUUUCUUCGUGGGAGGCAAGAGUUUCAAGUCAUAGAAUGUGGGCUUCCAUUCACAUCGCUGUCAUCCAACCAGAAUCAAUUACCAGAUGCAAUAUAAAAGACGCCUUUUUAUAGUUGGUUAGUAUAAAGUUCCUCUAUCAGUGUUUGAUGUAUAUCUGGAAACUAACAUGGCUUUUUUUUCGAAAAUAUGUUAGGAAUUCCAUGAUGGUGCUGGGUUGGGCACCUAACUUCAAUUUUGCCGUAAAUUAUAAAACAAUGAUUCUUCCAUUAUUAGAGAAGCUCUUCGAAUGACCCUCUCGGGAAUAUAAAUUUUGUUAUACAAAGUUAUAGGUAUGUAGGUUGCAAGGUUGGCCUAUUGGUUGCAGCUAAAGACUGGGAGCAGAAUUCAUAAUUGGAUUUGUUCUGGGUCUCUCUUUUUUAUUUGUAUAUAAAAUAUGCAUUGAAAAUAUACUACAGAAUUUUCUUGACAUUUUUCCAAGAGCAGAGUGAAAAAUUAAAGUGUUUGAGGCCGUUUUGAUCCAUGGAUACAGUUUAAAAGUUAGGCUUAGUACCUAAAGAAAUUUGGUAAUCUGAUUAGUUGCAAAUUACUUGCCAAAGCUGUGAAUACCUCAAAUAUUAAGUAGCAAAUCUCUUAAGUUCCAAAAGAGCUACUCAAAAUCAAAGUAAAAGUCAAAUCUGAAAAAAUGGUUUUACAGGAAUUUGAUUAUUCAUGUGAACCAUUCUUUCGUUGCCAUAACUUUUUGGAGUACAUCAAUUGUCUUGAAGAAACCCCGUUCAGUUGGAAUCUUUCAAUUUGCUCUACUAUAUAACAUUAAGAUCGAUAUCAGAUAUCGCUGGACGUACUUAUGGAAACCCAUGGUUUCAAUUGUUUUUAUUUUUAUCGAAUUCUCUAUACAACUCUAGAUUAAUUUGAGAUUAUAUUGAAUUCAAUAUUGUAAUACUAGUCUGUAAGAUUUAUAAAUAAACAAUUUACAACAAA